AUGCCCACAUAUUAUGGUGACGAUGACAUCGAUUACGAGGAGGAAACCCCAGAGUUUCGUGAUGAACAUGAAUUCGACGAUUAUUUGAAUGAUGAAGAGUAUGAAUUGAUCAGUGAGAUGUUUCCACGGGCUAAGAAUGAGCUCGCUGAAUAUCAAGGUUGGAACAAUUUGUCAGUAAAACUGGCACUAUUUGACCAUAACUUUGAUUACGACGAGGCUAUUAUAGAUCUCAAACGAACCUAUAAAAAAAAGAAACAGACUGAAGAGUUUGAAGGGAAGAUCUCAUUGCUUGAGCAAUUGGCAAGACGAAAAGUUUUGUCUACGAAAACUAGUGAGCAAUCUCGCAUCUCUAAUUCACCUAAGGCUACAUCACUUUUGGAUUCUUUGCGAAAGAACACGUCUGAGAAUUCUGGAAGAGGGAGCUUAAGUGGCCGUCUCUCGGCUCUUAAAGAGAGUAGGUCACGAAUGGCCUCUAAAUGUCCAUCGGAUGAAACAUCGAAGAACAAGUUCGAUAAUCGAAUGACAGCCAAGAAAAGUCCUUCACUUUCAUCAAUACUAGAAAGAAGAACUAAAUCCAAUACAAGCCAAUCUCUAAGUUCAAAACUUGCUGCAUUGAAGGGAAACCGUUCGAAGAACGAUAGGCAAAUACCAGAGCCUAAAGUUGAAAAGAGCGUCAAUUCGCAACCUUCUAUGGUACCGACAAAGGACAGUCAUGCCGAACCCGUAGAUCCAAGAAUAGCAUUUGAAAAACUUCGGAGUUCAUUGUGCCAUAUUUCUUCUCCAAAAAGUUAUCAUCACUUAAAUUCGGAUUCGGAACAUUCCGAGAUCACCGCCAUAGCCCUGUCACAACCAACUAACAACGAUCAAAAGAUAAAAAACAUCAAACGCAGAUAUGAUGAAAUAUUCACCGUAUAUUUUCCUAAUACUAACCUGCCAGCAGCCAAAAAACGUGUCAUAGAAAACUUCAACAACCCAAGCCCUGACGAUGUUGUUUUGGAUGCCCAAAAUAAAGCUUUUGAGGCCGUGGAGGAUGUGACCAAAAAUGUCGCCACUCUAUCGGUCACCGAAGAUUCCAUAAAAGACGGAAGGACUGAGAACGAAGAUGAGAAACCAUUUGACGACGAACCAAUAAUUCGUACGUAUAAGAAGGCAAAUAUUCCAACAAAACCAAAGAAUCCAAUUGAUUUAGAAAAGUACCUUUCGGACAAAAAGCCACAUUUAAAUUUCGUCGUUCUAGGCCAUGUGGAUGCUGGAAAGUCAACACUAAUGGGUCGUCUGUUGUAUGAUGUAGGCGCUGUUGACAACAAACUUAUUAGAAAAUUGCAAAGAGAAAGUGAUGUGGCUGGUAAAUCAUCAUUCCAUUUGGCUUGGGUCAUGGACCAAACACCAGAAGAAAGAUCGCGGGGUGUGACUGUUGACGUUUGCACAAGUGAUUUCGAAACAGAAGCCUCGACUUUCACCAUUAUAGACGCCCCAGGCCAUAGAGAUUUUGUUCCGAAUGCGAUUGCAGGAGUAAGUCAAGCAGAUGUUGCUGUAUUGUCGAUCGACUGUGGACCUGAUGCUUUUGAGUCCGGAUUUAAUUUGGAUGGUCAGACCAAGGAGCAUGCGCUACUCGCACGCAGCCUAGGCGUUCGUCAUAUCAUUAUUGCUAUGAAUAAAAUGGACACUGCAGAUUGGUAUGAGGGUAGAUUUCGGGACAUCCAAUGGGAGCUACGCAAUUUCUUUCAGGAUAUCGGUAUAGAAGAAGACAAGUUAAGUUGGGUUCCAUGCAGCGGCCUUUCAGGUGAAGGUGUUUAUAAGAAGGAGUACUCCAUUGGUGUAACAUGGUAUAACGGUCCUUCACUUGUUGGCUCCCUCGAAGUAGUAGCUCAGAAGCUCGGUAAAUUAAAUGUUAAAGAUGUCAGCAAUUCCCCUUUCGUAUUUUCGAUCCUUGAUGCGGCUGCCAGUGGUAAAAACAAGGACGUUACCAUUUCUGGAAGAGUGGAAUCCGGAAGCAUUCAAGCAGGAGAAACAAUCACUAUAUAUCCAUCGGAACAAAGUGUAAUUGUUGAAUCAGUGUUGUGUGGUAAUGAUCAGCAUCCCACGCCAAUUGCUAUUAAAGGCGACUUUGUGGGUUUGAAACUUCGGAAUGCUCACUACGAGGACAUUCAAGGUGGAGAUUUGGCAGCAGUAGUCGGCUUCGACAUUCCGAGUGCACAGGAGUUUACGGUAAAGCUAUUAACAUUUCAGUUAGAUAGACCUCUUUUGCCUGGUACACCCUUCAUAUUAUUUAGAGGCGCAUGCGAGCAGCCUGCUAGAAUAAAAAAGCUACACUCUAUUGUGGAUAAAGCUACUAUGACAAAAAUUUUGAAGAGUAAGGUCAAGCAUCUCGGCUCACAAAAAGCUGCUAUCGUAGAGUUGGAACUCACGGAGAAAAAAAGGAGGAUACCUAUGCUCACGUUCUCUUUAAGCAAGCACUUGGGUAGAGUUGUUCUCAGAAAAGAGGGAAGAACAAUUGCAGCGGGACUUGUCGAGACCAUUGAGUUAUAA